AUGGUUGGAGUUCCGGGACGAUCCAAGGGUUGCAACACAUGUCGCAAGCGGAAGAAAGGAUGCGACCUCCAGAGACCAGUAUGCGGGCAGUGCCUGAAGGCUGGCAUCGAGUGCGCGGGUUAUGAACGGAAGCGCAUCUUCGUCAAUGCCACGUCCAACAACCCGAAGCCUAAACAUACAGCUCUCGCCCUUGUGGCGCCUCCCACGAUCCAAGCGCCCCUAUUUUCUCAUUCCGCUUAUGAGGAAAAGAUUCUUGAUCUGUUUUGGGAGACAUACAUGCCCGAUGCCCCGGCUUUCACCCCAGGAACCCCCAUUGUCCGGUACUCUCAUUCAGACUGGGCUGCUACAGUCCAGGAUCUUUACCGAACGGAUGCAGCACUGCGCCAGAGCCUGCUGGCUAUUAGUCUUGGAACCAUCGGCCGACGCGACAAGCAAGUAUGGAUGAUAGAUGAGGGACUCAAGUUCUACUGCCAGGCACUUGGUGAAUUAAACACUGCCCUACGGCAUCCUACGCGAUGGAGGUCAGAUGCGCUGAUGGUGGCUUCAAGGAUCCUCGGUCUCUAUGAGCUCUUAUACGGCGCAGAUGAUAGAGAGAGACGGGGCAUCUCCCAAGCCCAGAGCUGGGAAGGUCAUGCCAUGGGAGAAAUGGCCCUAGUGGUGCAGCGAACACCACAGAGCCAUGUAGACGGCCACGCGCACCAGCUUUUCUGCUCUGGGCGUGUUCAUCAGACAAUUACACACAUCAAGCGGCGGCAAAGAUGUCCUUUGAGCCAUCAUAUCUGGAAGACAGUACCCUGGAAGCAUCAUCCGAAGUCUUCCAAAGACGCACUAGUAGACAUCUUUGUUGAUAUUCCGGGUAUCCUCGAAGAUCUCGACGAACUGCGUGAUUGCGAACCAGGGAUCGAGAAAGAGGCAAAACAGAGCAGACUGGUGAAUGAAUGCUGGCGCAUCGACAGAGAACUUACACGGUGGCUUGACAACAUGGGCCCGACAGAAGAGCUGGAAGACCUCGAAAGAAGAGGUGUCGACAAUCCCACCAUGUGCGACGUCGUCAUAACAUCGAUCAUGACCUUGUUUUGGACAACUUCCAUUUUGGCCUACAGCACUCUUCGCCUUGCUCUUGGCCCAAAGCCUGACAUUGAGCUGCCGGAGCGAACCAACCCUAGGGUUUUCUGUACCAAGAUCGCCAACGUCGUCGAUGUCUUCUUCCAUCCAAAUGCAGGGACCUUCGGUAUUUCAUCUGCGCCUUUGCCGAUCGGCAUGGCGCUGGUGUACCUGAACUCGACUGAGGAGGGGUUCAACUCAGAGGAUAAACGGAAGCUUGUCGGUUUCUUCGGCAUGCGGGCUAACAACGGGAUUGGAAUUGGGAAGUUCUUGAUCAGUACCCAAAGCGACGGCAUCGUGCCGAGGGGCGCAGUACAGUAUCCCAAGUGCGAUGCUAUUAAGGACAAGGCAAAGAGGUGGAUGGGAGCUGUAGGGUAG